CGCGUUUAUAUGUUUGAAUCUAAAUGAAAAUAAUAACCGAAUCAAAAUUAAAGCAAAGUUAAUUUUUUAAAGGUCAGUUUAUUUGAUCAUUAUAAAAUUUACAACUAGUUGCAAGGCAGCUUCCAAUAAAAAUAUGUAGUGCAUACUUUAAUGGCAGCACCAUAUUCUGACAGCUGUCAGUGAAUAAUGCCCAAGUGGAAAUAACAAUGUCCCCUACUGAACCGGCGCAAAAUGCUCGUGAAAUUUUUUCACACCGCACACAGUUUUACUUUGCAGCCUGCGCCAUUCCAUUAAUAGUGAAAAAAUCUUGUGAUGGCAAAGACGUUGGGUGUUCAAUAGACUGUUCACUAAAGACCCCAGCUAUAUCAACAGCAGAAGCGGCUACAUAAACUGAGUAUUUAUUAUACAAAAGGCUAACAAGGCAGUGUGAAGUAGUAGGAAGUGGAAGAAGAAAGACGAAUAAUUUAAAGAGUGUGAUUUUCUUUAGAAGCGCUUAACAAAUACAAUACAAACAAAAAAGGAAGGAGCAGUGAACAAAGCAGAAAUUUUGGUUACGCAGUGGAAGAAAUUUUGUCUAAAGUAGUUUGAAAACGCGGCUAAAGCAAAAUACGCGUGCACUUGAACAACUACCAAGAGAAGGUCCCGUGUAACUCGAGCAACGACUAAUUCAGCUGCAAGCAAAACAACAAACGCUCAUAUUGAUCAGCUGAUCGAUUAUGUGCAUGAACCUGAAAACUGUUUUCCGCUAAAAACUCGAAACUUGGUAGAGGAGCAAGCAACGACAACGUGUAGCAAAACUACUUAUGCAACUGCAAGUACCCGAAAAACAAAAAUUUCAUCAGUUCGUGGACAAAUGUGUGAACAAUAAUAAUUAUUCUACAAUUCUAUAUACACAUACCUACAUAUAUAUCUGAAUAGUAUUCAAUAAUUAAUAUCGUAGAACAAAUUAAUCAGGAAGCUAACGCGCAAUUGCGUAGAUUGACGGAGGUGAACAGCGUUUAAAAGACGUGGAGGCAGUAGUAAGGAAUUUAUUGUGCGACGCUGAAAAAAGGAGCACACAAAACAGCAAAUUUAAACCAGUUUUAAACAAAAAUAACAAAUAUUUUAAUUAUACACUUAAUAAUAUAUAUUACAAUAUUUUAUUUUAAAUCAUAUAUAUAUAUAUAUAUAUGUAUAACAAAAACACAAAUAAGUUCAAACUAUAAGUAAAACAAAAAAAACAAAAAAUUGAACAAAGAACUUUGUAAAACGCCAACUUUUUGUUGGUAACUUACAAUUACUAAAACAAAAACAAAGCAAAACUCAACACAGAGCAGGCAAAAGAUCAAGACAAACUAGCCGCAUAUACUCUGCGUUCUGAAUAUAAGCAAAUCUCAAAUCUCAACGACACCCAUUAGAGGCUUCAAUUUGUGCUUAAAUCCGCUUUUGGAUUUUCGCGCAGAAAUAUUUAGUGCCACCAGUGGCUGCACAGAAGUCUGAAAAAGGCGCCAUUUUAAAGCGAAUACAACUACAUACAUAAAUUAAUAAAUAUUUAAACCAAAAAUCCAUAAAAAAAAAACAACAAAAAAAAAUUAUAUUAUCAAAAGAACAUUGCCAAACGCCAAGCUGAGACAUAAGGACCGACCGACCAAGCAAGCAGCAAAAUCCCGUGGAAUUUCAUCUACUACUCUGCGUUAUUAUAGUUGCAAACCGGACAUAAUCUACAAAGUAUCAGCAGGCGUACAUCAAUCUUCUAUUCUAUUAAGACUUUACUCGCAAAACAAGCCAUUUUACUAAUUGACGAUAUAUACGAUAAAUAUUUUUCCAGCGUUAUUUUGCAUAUUCUCUUUUAUUGAAGCUGCUUAGAAGCAAAUUUUGCUCCCACAAAAACCACGAACUUUCCCGCGCGUUAUACUUGUUAUCGCUUUUACUAUAACAACAACAACUACUACUUAUAUAUUCAUCGUUCUAAUUUAUAAAAUCGUGUCGACCUGGUCAUUUACAUAUAUACAAUAUAUAUAUAUAUAGGUAUAUAUAUAUUAUUCUCAUAACUUGAAAAGAUACGAGCGCCAUAUUUGUAUUAUUUUUUAAAUUUAAAUAUAUAUAAACCAAAGCCAAGCACUUAAAAAACACAACAACAGAUUCGGAAAAGAGUCAUACUCACAAAAUCCAAAAUCAACAACAACAAGGAUAUCAAAAUCUCUGAACAACACAAAUCAAAUCAGCUUAAAGAAGUAUAAACUGAAGGAGGAAUACUAAAAACGAAAUUUAACUCAACAACAAAAAUUUAAAGGAAAAAAUCUAGAUAUACACCUCAAUACAUAUAUAUAUAUAUAUCAAAGAAACGGCAUUUGCCGCAUUUUGCCUAAUACAAAUCACCGAAACUCCAUCAUCUUCCGUUUUUGCCACCAAAUUUUGAAAUAUUUGUAAACUCAAUAAUAACAACAAAAACAAAUUUUACUGAGAUUCUCAAGCUUUACAAUUAGCACUACUCAACUGCUUUGCGUGCACGCAUUUAACUGCAAGUAAUUUUUGCCACAACUUUUCGCGUAUUUUCUGGAAUUUUCGUCUAAUUUAUUUUGAACUCCAAUUAACAAACCAAACGCCACUUAUGGCAUCACUCGAGGAACAACCAAUCGCAACGAUCACCGCCAUUUCCACCUUUGAUCCCACUACCACCAAUACCUCUGCUGACAUCGCUUCGAACGUAACCACUACUUCCGGCACUUCUGCUGCUGUUGCUGCUGCUGCCAACGCGCUCGUUGGUAAUUUAACAACGUUGGACUCCGAUUUCGGGCUCAGCGCUUGCGCCGAGAAACAACUUUUGACGCCUGGCGCUCUCCUAAGUGGUGGCAAUAGCGCUGUAGCUACUUUGAAUAUCAAUACGACUGCUACGACGACCGGUGCGGCUGUUGAUUCCAUUGUGGAAAAGCUUGUCAGCUCGCUAACGCUCGAUAUGGACUCGGAUCCGUUAGGUAAUGGCAAUGCAACAAUGUCACGCGAUUUCAACUGCAACGGCAGUGUUACCAGCGAUCAUAAGAGCGUCUCAUCGCGUUCUUCCUCCUUGGCGGGCAAUAUGUUUAGCGAGGUGUUCGAGAAGAAGGCCAAUGACUUGGAAUCCGGUUCGUUGGAGGACUCGUGCAGCUCCAUUGGCGCCGAUGGCAUGGAUAAGAAUUGCAAGAUUUGCAGCUCGCGUUUAGUUACACCACGCGUGCUCUCAUGCCUCCAUGUAUUUUGUGAAACUUGUCUGAUGAAACUGCUUACUGACGAGUCAAACGGCAAUUCAUCAUCGGCAUCGUCCACUACUUCAACCGCCGGUGAACUAAUGCCGCCAUUGAAGUCUGUUAUCGAGUGUCCCACGUGCAAACAAGUGACUAUGAUUGGCGCCAAAGGCAUUGAAUCGUUGACUUGCGAUUACAUUUUGACCAACAUACUCGAUCUCUCCACCAUCGAAUCGGAGCAAUUGUCCUGCACUUCGUGCAAGAGCAAGGAAAAGGCCAUUUCACGCUGCAGCGAUUGUGCUAAUUUCUUGUGCAGCGGUUGCGACAAUGCUCACAAGUAUAUGCGUUGCUUUGAGAAUCACGAAGUGGUUAAGCUUGAAGACUUGCAAAAGUCCACGGCCGACAAGCCAUUGACCAUACACAAGCCGCUCUUUUGCAAUGUGCAUACCGCUGAAAAUCUCAAGUACUAUUGCUUCAAUUGCCAAAUACCAGUUUGUAAUGAUUGCUUAAUUGCCGAUCACAAGGGCAGCGAGCAUCACUAUGAUGUUAUCGCCAUGGCCGAGAAGUCAGUGCGUGUUGAUGUUGAGAAUUUGAUGAAAGAAGCCAAAUCAAAGGUGCAAUAUUGUGAUGCUGCCGCUUCGAAUCUUUCCAGCGCGCUCACUGAGCUUCAAACCCAACAUGAUUCGGCACGCGCCCGCAUUGAGGAUACCUACCAGAGCUACAAGAAGAUCUUGGAGAAAUGCCGCGAUCAAUCACUAACCGAGUUGGGAAAAUUGCACUCGGAACGUGAGCUCAAAGUUAUGGACUUGCUGCAGAACAUCGAAAAUACGAUGGGCAAAAUCGAUAGCACUUGCAAAUUCACCAUGCGUGUGCUGGAUCAAGCAAAUGCCGCCGAAUUUUUGUCCAUGAAGAAAUUGAUCAGCUCGCAAUUUAUAAACCUGAUCAACAGUACACCAAAGUGUGAUAUUAACUAUUCGCUGACCUUCGACACCAAGGCGGAGAAAUUCGAACAGGUCGCCCAGGAGACAUUUGGCAAAUUCCGCACUGAAUCAACUCCGCCAUCACCAAAGGAGAGCACACCACCACCCACGCUACCCGGCAUGCCACCGACCAUGAUGAGCAGUCGUAGUGGUGGAAUGAAUACUUGCGGUUCACAAGGUCAAUUGGCCGGUGGCAGCUCUGUUACCGCCAGCAGCCCAAUAUCUUUACCGACUUCCAUGCAAAGUUCAUUCGAUGGUGACUUCUCGGUACUGGGCAAUGGCUUCCUCAUGCCGAAUGUAUUGACACCGGACUCGCCACCACAUCAGCCACCUACAUUGCAUCAUCAAAUAUCCCAUCAACAACAACAACAACAACAGCAGCAACAACAACAACAACAGCAAACACAAGCACCAACAACACAACCACCAGUACAUGGUGUUAACGGUGUUCGCGGCGGUUUUGAUGGCGUAGGCUGUGUUGGUGUUGGCGGUGGUGGCUUGCCAGGUACAGGCCUUGCCAACGGCUUGAAUACGCUCACAGGUGGUCAUGGUCCAAUGCAUGGCCACAAUCAAGGUCAUGGUCAUGGUCACGGACACAAUGCCAUCGGCGGCAAUCCAUUAAGCGGUGCUGGUAAUAAUUUAGGUGUUGGCUUGAACAACAACGCUCUAGGCAAUGGUAUAAACGCUUCGCUCAACCAAGGCUUAAAUGGUCUGGGCGGUGGAGCUGCUGGUGGCGCCGGUGGCGGCGGCGGCAGUAGUGGUAUGAAUGGCGGCCUCAAUGGCCCACUCAAUGGUGGACUGAAUGGACCGAAUAAUCCGGGCGGCGUUGGCGGUGGUGCACCACCACCAAGCGCUUACAACAGUAUUCUCGAGUAUAAUUUGUCACGUCUUGCCAGCCUCACUGAGGCCACACCGGAUGUCACGCUCAACGACGCCUUGGUGGGCCCCGGCGCAGGCGCGGGUGGUCAUCACCAGGCGGUAGUGCCAGCAUCGUCGGCACAGAAUCAACAGAUCUCAUUGGCGGACAUACUGUCGGGUGAUCAACGCGCUUUCAAUAAUUUGCAGGCGCUUGCCAAAAUGGGACUUAAUAACAAUGAUUUUCACACAGACAUGAAUCAGCUUUUAUCGAGCGGAGCUUCACCCGGAAUUGAUUGUAUAUUACCAGAUUUCUGCCUACCCGCAGCCACAUCGCCCAGCCUAUCAACACUCGGGCCACUCGGCGCUGGACCCGUCGACGAUAUGUCCAUUACGAAUUUCCAUGCCGGCGCCGCACCAGGCACAACCAACAUUGUCACUGGUCGCAACAAAGCAACACCCAUGCAGAUACGUUGUAAAUUCGGUUCGCUAGGCACCUCUAAGGGUCAAUUCAAUUCACCACAUGGUUUUUGCUUGGGCGUAGACGAAGAGAUCAUCGUCGCCGAUACGAAUAAUCAUCGCAUUGAGGUUUUCGACAAAACCGGUACACUUAAAUUCCAAUUUGGCGUGCCCGGCAAGGAAGAGGGUCAACUAUGGUAUCCCCGCAAAGUCGCCGUUAUGCAUACCAAUGGCAAAUUUGUCGUUUGUGAUCGUGGCAAUGAACGCUCACGCAUGCAGAUAUUCUCAAAGUGUGGACAUUUCAUGCGCAAAAUCGCCAUCAGAUACAUUGAUAUUGUCGCUGGUCUAGCUGUUACCUCCAAGGGUCAUAUUGUGGCGGUAGAUAGUGUGUCGCCAACAGUUUUCGUUAUAUCCGAGGAUGGUGAGCUCGUGCGUUGGUUUGAUUGCAGCGACUAUAUGCGCGAACCGUCCGAUAUUGCCAUACGAGACAAUGACUUUUAUGUCUGCGAUUUCAAGGGUCAUUGUGUUGCUGUCUUCCAAGAGGAUGGUACUUUCCAGUAUCGCAUCGGUAAUGAGAAAGUCACAUGCUUCCCUAAUGGCAUCGACAUAUCGAAUGCAGGCGAUAUUUUAAUUGGCGAUUCGCAUGGCAAUCGCUUUCAUGUGGCCUGCUAUUCGCGCGAUGGCGUUUUGCAAUCUGAAUUUGAAUGUCCCCACGUUAAGGUUUCACGUUGCUGUGGCCUGAAGAUAACAUCCGAAGGUUAUGUGGUCACUUUGGCCAAGAACAAUCACCAUGUGUUGGUACUUAAUACGCUCUACGUUCACUGAUCGCAAAUCAAAACCACAACCAGCAGUAGCAAUAUCAGCGUUAGCAACAAUAACAACAACAACGAUUGCAGCAUUAAUGUCGGCUGCAACAAAAAUAUCAUACCAAUGAAUAUGUCCAGUGGUAUUGGUGCUGGUGUUGCCGGCGGUGACAGUGGCAAUACCGUUAACCUUUAUGAAAACGGCAAUUGCAACAUUGUUGCCAACAAUAACGUUAAUAAUACCGCAAGUAGCAGUAGAUACACAACGAACAACGGCAGCACAAAUAGCAGCAACAACAACAGUCAUAAUGCCAGCAAUCAUCAACACGCUUAUCAUCAACAACAGCCAUACAAUCAUCCACAACCACACAAUCAGCACCAUCAUUCAGCGCCGCAUUAUCAGCAACAACAACAACAACAACAAACUUUAAACAGUACCAACUCUAACAACUGCAACAUCACGGCUGGCAUCGUGCACAACAACCACAACAAUCAAAUGCAUAACCUGUCUGCAGCGCCACGUUCAAUGGAAAAUAAAUCAAAUCUCUGGUUGAUGAUGAAUGGCGCUGGUGCUGGUGGUGUGGUCGGUGCAGCGGCCAACAAUAAUGGACCGCAUGCAUUCAGUGGUGGUGGUGUUGGCGUUGCUGGUGAGCGUGCUUUGCCACAACCACCGCAUGCGCAGCACUAAUUGCAAGCUAACAAAACCGAAAUGCAGUGGACCCAACAACAGUGACCAUUUUAGCAGGUAAAUUCCUUUUACUGCGGCCAAAAACAAAAAUUGUGCAGUCACAUAACCUUACAUACUUUAAAUGUACCAGUGAAAACGAAUUAUUCGAUUAACUAAAUGAAGUAGCUAUUUUAAAAGGAGGUUUUCACGAAUUCGUGACUAAAUGCAAAUGGAUAAAAAGUAACUGUAGCAAUUAUAAACAAACAAAAAAAAUGUAGUAUACAAACAUACACAUACAAAAAAAAAAACACCAAAACACAACACUGCGACUAGACAAUUUGAAAUCUCAAACGAAGAAAAAUCAAAUUUAAAAAAUGACAAAAUCGCCAAAAAUCAAUUUAAAAAAAAAUUUAUAUACAUCCAGCUUGUUCAAAUUUAGUAAAAGCAAGCUUUAACCUACACACACAAACAUAUAUACACAUAUUGUUUUUGAUCUCUUUUCCAAGUUUGAUUGCUUUUCAAAUUUAUACCAGUUCACUAUAUUGAAGAAACAAAUUUACAAAAGCUUUUAACAAAAAGUAAUCAUAAUUUUUUCGAGUAAGCUUUUAUUUACAGAUUACCAUAAUAUUUAAAACAAAAAAAGAUGUUUUUUAAUAACCAAAAAGUAAAUGCUACGCUGUUGCAAUACACGCCUAGAUAUAAAUGUAGAUGUAUGUAUAUAGAUAUAUAUAUAAAUAUAUCUAUGUACACAUGCAUUUAUCAAAAAAAUUAUGUAAUUAAUUUAUACAUUAGAUAAAAGGCAGUACAGUGUUGUGCACAUAGUAUAUCCGGUGAUAAUUUCAGACAAAAAAUUGUGUUGAAAAAGCUGACUGUGCUGAAACCUAACACCACAACCUGCCAAAUAUUGCUUAACUUAAUAUUUUCGUUUUAAUCCAGCACACAUUUCGCGUAAAUACUUCAAAAAUAUUAAUAAACGCAAAACUUUACAGUAAGCGAAAAAAUAACGGAAAAUAAUUGGACAAAAAUUGAAAUUUCUUAAAAAAAAAAUAAAAAGUAUUGCCAGCAACAAUUCUGUGAUACAACUUAAAAGCGCAGUGAAAUUGUCGUGCAAUUAUAAAUUGUUAUCGGCGCUCAUAUUUGGCUUGUUCUCAUUUAGGCGUUGGAAGUAGAAACACUAAAAAUAAGUUCAAUUAAUCAAUCAGCUGCUGGCGCCGUUUUGUUGGCUUUCUUAUUUGAGGUGUAUGCAGCAACCAUUUGCUGCUGUUGUACUAUUUGUGCCAGAUGUAUUGCCUGCAAGUCGAUAUACUUAUGCACUUGCUUAAUUACAUAGUUUUUGUUUGCUUUUGUUAUUGCAACAGCUGAUAAGGAGCGAUUGCGACAAUAUACAAUCGCAUUUGCAGCAAUUAAUUUAAUUAAAUCGAAAUAAGCAUUUAAAUAAAAAUACCGGCAGUUUGUCUUGUUUUCACCUUCCUUUUUAAUCGAUUGUUAUUGAUAUUGUGUCAAGUUUAGUGUUGACAAGUGACAAUUCGAAAUGUAGUGCCAGCAAAGGGUGCUUCGUAGUCAUUUAUAAUUUUAAAUUAGAGAAAAAAAACAUUUUUUUGUUUUUGUGAAAACGAAACGAAUUAAUUACAAUACAUGCAUACAAGUAUGUAUGUAUGUAUGCAGUUGUGAAAAAAACAAAAUUGUAUAUAAGUUGUACUAUUAUGUUUUGUGGCUAUUAUUUUUUAUAUACAAUUUUGCAGCAAAACAACACAUUAAAAGGAAAAAAAAGUUAAAUAUACUUUUAACAAAUUUUUUAAUUGAAAUUGGUGAGACCAAAUAAAUCAACGAAUGCAUUGCCAUCUAAUGAAGACGUCGAAAAGAAGCGUUAGCACAUUUUCAAUGCUUGAAAAAGUGUGUGUGGCGCUCGAACUGCAUUUGUUUUUUAUUUUAACUUUUUUUUUGUUUGUUCUUCAAACGGCUUGUAAAAGAAAAGCAAUACAAAACUUCAUACAUACAUUACAAACAUAUAUUAUUUUUUACCAUUACAAACUAAGAAAUUGAGAAAACGAAUUCAACAACAACAACAACAUUAAGAAGGCUGGUUUUCCAAGACAUUAUUAUUACUAAAUAUUAUUAAAUUACAAUUUUAAAUACUAAAUAUUACAUUACUACUAUAUUACAUUUUUAAAGCAAAUUAAAAUAUUUUACAUAUUUUUUUGUGCGUUGCUUACAUACAUAAACGUUUAUUUGAAUCCGACUUUCUAUAUGUUAUAAAACGAAAGUUUUUUUUUUCUUGAAAUUUAAUAUUAAAUAUUCUAUAUACAUAUACACAUAUAUUGUGAACAACAAAUUUAACUACUAACACAAACAAAUGCAAAUGUGUAAAUACUUUUACUUUUACAACAUUGGCGGCGAAUUCCAAAAAAAAAAAAUAUGAAUAUUUUGUAAACAAAUGGUACUGUACUGUUAUGACCGCCUAAACGCGUACUUUAUUUUAUUUUAUUUCUUUUUCCUGUUUAUGCUUUUGCGCAGUUAUUUUGAUUACAUACAUAAAUGUUCAAUGAAAGAGAAAAACAACUAAAUUACAACAAACAAACAUACCAGCAACUUGCGUGUUUCAAAUAUUUUCUUGUCAUUUUUUGUAUUAUCAAUAUUUUUAACAUAAUUUUUAUUUUAUUUCAUUAUUUCAUAUUAACGAAGAAACAGAAACUUUUAAAAUUAUUAUUAUAUGUAUAUUUACAAAUUCAAUACAUAAUUAUAUGUAAAAAAAACAACAAAUAAUGUAAAAAAAAACAAAAAAAGCUACCUAAGAAUUUUUAUUGCAAUUUUUAAUCAAUAUUAUUUGUAAAACUAAUUUUUCAAUUGAAUAUUUUUUUUUGUUUUAUUUUAAUUUUUACAACUUGUAAAUGUAUACAUACUUAUAAGACUUUUAUUGAAGUGAAAUGAAGCGAAGUUAAGAAAGCAAAUAAAAAAUAUGUAUUGUAUUUGUAGCAUUAGCAAGCGGCGAAGUGUACGGUCGUGGGAAGGCAAUUGCUAUCUAAACAAACAUAAAAAACAACAAAUAUAUACAUAUACAUACAUAUAUUUUAAAUAUCAAAAAAAAAAAAAUACAAAAUCAACAACAACCAUAACAAAUACAACCAAUAAUCGCAUAUUUUCAAGUCAUUUUUAUUAUUAUUAUUUUAGAUAUUUUUAUUAUAAUUAUAAAUAGCCUUAGUAUGAUGACUUAAAAAAAUAUUUACAAUAAUUGUUAGUGUAGUUCGUAUAUACAUGCAUAGUUGAAAUUCACAACGACGAAUUUCAGCAAAUGUAAGCUAAAACAACAAAACAAAAAAAUAAGAAAAAAAAACAUAUAUUUUAUUCAAAACUUUUGUGCGUAUUUACACGCACACCUAGCGAGAAAUAGCAAACUUGAGCGAGAAAUUAAGCAAAGCUUUGUGAAAUUGUGAAAUACUUUAUAUAUAUAAAAAUGUCUGGUGAAAAUGUGUUUAGAUAUUUUUUUUACAAAAACUAUAAAUUACUUAUAAAUUAAGCCCUUUUAAAUUACGUGCACAAAAUAACAAAAAGUGUGACAUCUCUGCAUUAUUUUAAAAUUACCAACUGAAUUUUAGUGUGACAAUAUUGUUUUUGUUUCGAAUUUUAUUGAAAUUUGAUGAAAUUUGCGAAUUCUUCAUUUCACACAUACUCAAACACUUGCCACUUGUGCGCCAAAAACUAAACUAAACUAUUCGUAUUAUUAAUAUUGCGUGGCUAUAACAGCAUUUUAUAUGUUUGUCUAAAGAAAUUAAUACCUGAGAAGAAAUGCAAAAAUUAGUUCCCUCACAAUCAAUGAGUGGCUUAAUUUUAAAGUGUAUACAUAAAAAAUUUACAUUUGCUUAGCUUUUAGUUAGCAUACGUAUAAUUUUAUUGAAAUUGUAACCCUUAUAAAUGUAUCUGCUGCUGUGUUUUCCCUUUGAACUGGGUUUUGUCAAACAAAACUUUUUUUUAUCCUACAAAAUUACUAUAAACAUUGUUUUCUCUUUUUUUCUAAAAAAAAAAAAAAUAAGUUUAUAUUUCUAUUUAAGGCUUAGUUGUUUACUUUUUGUUAAUUAAUUAGAAAAAAUGUAGAGAUGGACAUGAUGAGAGGGAAAGAAAGAGAGCAAAUUGUAGCGGUGGAGCUAGCAAACAAGUAACAGCAGCAAAUUGCAUUUUCGCGCUGUAUGCCAAAACGUAUUGAUAUUAUUUUUCACUUCCACUCAACACAAACAAACUAAAUUACAAAUUUUAUUGCUUUAAUUUUAAUUUAAAGUGUUUUCAUAAUAUAUUGUAAUUAUGUAUACUUUUUAGUUUUAAUGUAUUCGAUUUGCAUUUUUUUUUAUUAAAUUUGUUUUGAGUUUUUUGCUUAAAUGUUACUUUAGUUUAAAAUCUUGAAAUUUGUGAAUAUUUUUUUUUUUAUCAAAAUGAAAGAAAUAAUUGUUUCUUUUUUUUUGUUCAAUAUUACAACGGUGAAAAUUUAUAGUCUUUAUUUAUAAACAUACAUAUGUAUAUGUAUUUUUAACACUCUAUUAUAUAUUAGUUUUAGUUUUUAUUAAAUAUUAAGUGAAUCAACGUAAUGCGCUUUUAAUGAUGUCCUUGUUGUGUUAGUGAGACUUUCGUACUUGACGCUAUUUUAGUUUUUGUAGGAAGGUUUUUCUUCGUUCCAAUGAAAGUUUUAUUAAAACAAAUAUUUAAGUUAUACAAAAUCUUAACAUAUAUAAAUAGUUUAUCAAAAGCAAAAUAUUAUUAAAAAGAAAUAAAAAACAAAGAAAAAAACGAAAAAAAAAAAUUAAUUAUAAAUUGUUAAAAUGUUGAAUUCGUGCUCGAAAAAUUUAUAAUCGAUAAAACGUCACUUUGCUGUGCUUUUACCUUUUUAUUAAAUUUAAAAUAAAAAAAAAUAUAUAUAAAAUAAAUACAAAGAAAAAAAAACAUUUAGUGUAAGUUGAAAUAUUUUACUAUGUUUGUGGUUUUGCAGCAAACAUGCAAUGCUGUUUAUGAAUGAAAGUGAAAUCGACAAUUGCACAUUUGUAGAACUUAGCGACCUCUUUAUUAUAUUCCUUUUUCGCAAUUAAGUGUUUAGAAUUUAUACAUAUUUACAUAUACAUACAUUACUCAUGCCUACACACACAAACAUUUCCACCUUUACUUAUUUUUAUACGUACGGGUUUGCCAGCUGCAUAGCCGCUUCUAAAAAUAAACCUUUUCGACUUGUGUGUUUUUAUACUAGAAAUUUGAUUUUUAUUGUUGUUACGAGGUAUAUGUAUUAAAAUAUAAAAACCAAAUAUAAAUUUUUAGAUUUAUGACAUUAACCAAGAAUUUGCAUAUAUACAUAUAUAUUUUUUAUACUUAAAUAUUUAAUUUAUAUUUUUCAUAAUAUUUUAUUGCUCUCAAAAAAGCCGUAAUUUUAAAUUAAGCGAAAAAAGUAUAGCAUUUAUUAAAAAAAUUACUGUUGUAAAGUGCCCUCGACGUUUAUUAUUUAGAGGCGGUUAGUAUGCGCAAACUGAUUCUUGUUUAACGCAAAUAAAAUGUCAAUAGAGCAGUGUAAAGUUGUAUGGCUAAAUAUUUUUAUAUAUAAUUUAUUUAAUCUUGUUAAAAAUGAAUUUUUUUAUUUACAAAUAAAGUUAAUUGUGAUAAUUACAUUUUUGAGUAAAUCUUUUUAAUUUAAUUUUGAAAGUAUUGCCAUUUUUUAUUUUAGUUUUUAUUUAUAACUAUUUUUUUAUUACUUUUUAUAUUACAGAAAAACGAAAAAAAAACUAUUUACAUUAAAUUAUAUUUUUGCACUCAAAUCGUUUUAAAAUAUUGUUGAUAUUUAUAUUUUAUUAUAAACUUUUAAUUAUAAUACAAAUUUUAAUUUUUGUACUUUUUUUUUUUUUUUAAUUUCUAUUAUAUUUUUUUUAUUUGAUAAUGUUUUUUAAUAUUUUAUUUGGUUUUAUUUUUUUUGUAUAUAUUUUUGUUUUAUCUUUUCUUUAUAUUUUUUUUUUGUUUUAUUAUUUUUUUUAAUAUUUUUUUUUGUUUUAUUAUAUUUUUUUAUAAUUUUUUUUUUUUGAUAUUUAUUAUUUAUUUUGUUUUUUUUAAUUUAUUAUUUUUUUUUUUAAUUUAUUAAUUUUUUUUUUUUAAUUUAUUAUUUUUUUUUUUGAUAUUUAGUUUUACCAACUUUAUUACAGUCGAGAUAUUUCAAUUUGCGUUAAAUAGAGAAUUUGUGUGUUAAAUGUGCUGCGAAUAUAUAUUUUAUAGUUUUACAAAAAAAAUUAAAUCCAGUCAAGUAGACCCUACAUAAAGAAAUUGUUUACGCUUUCCACCAAGCUUUUCCGAUUAAUAUAUGUAACUAUUUUAUUUGAAUUAAUUUUACUUUUAUUCUUCAAAUAAAACAUUGUUUUUGAAUUACUAUAAAAAAGUUGAAAAAUUUAAAUAUGCUUAUUAUAUACAUAAAUUUACACAAACACAUAUAUACGUACAUUUUUUUUUACAUAAAAUCGUGUAUUUAUAAUUAGACAUAUACACAAGAGAAGUAUAUGGUACAUCACUAUUGUUUGUACACACGAACUUAUUUUAUAACUCUUAAUUGUAUUAAAUGCAUUAGUUUACACGUUUUGUUAAGUCUAUAGUGCAAAAAAAAAAAUGGCAACCAAAAACAAAAAGGUUAAUGAAAAACUACAAAAAAUUAAAAAAAAAUAAAAAAAAGUUUAAAAUUCAGCGAAGCGAAAAAAAAACUGUUUGAUAAACAGUAGGUAAAGGGCAAGUUAAAAAAAUUAAUUUUAUUGUUGUGAAUACACAUAUACUUAUUUAUAUAUAAAAAGUUUUUCUUGUUUUCAACGUGCACUAUUAUUAUUAACUAUUUCGUAUUAUUAAUUAGUCAAUUAAAACAAAUGUGAGUCAAUCAUAAAAUAAUUUCGUCGUUCUCACAUCCAUACAUACAUACAUGCCAAAAUCACACGAUUUACGAUUUGUGUGCUGAAGCGUAGGUGCAGCGGGAAACGUAACUGUUGUAUGGUAUAAAUAAGCGAAACGAAACAAACAAACAAAUUGAAGCAAACAAAACGAGACUAUUUACCUUGAAAGGAUUUUACAACUUAUAUUUACAUUUACAAUUUUGAAUAUUUUUUGUUUUGUUUUGCAAUUAUUUAAAGCUAAGUUUAGUAUUCUUGCUUACAAUGUUUAAUAUUUACACAAAAGCAUAUAUAUAUAUAUGUAUAUACAUGCAGUUAGUAUAUAAACGAUGAAAAUACAUACAAAGUGAAAUGACUUUCGAUUAACAUGUAAGCAAUCCUCCUAGUUUUUCGUGACUCUUUAGAGUAUUUUUGAAAUGUUAAAACACACAAAUGAAAUGUUAUGACGAAUGUGCUGGCAAGACAAACUACAGAAUGGUUACAAAAAUUACAACAAAUUGCACUUAAUGUACUCAGUCCGAGUUUUGUUCAUAUUGUGUGCAGUCUCAAAAUACUAUAAAUAUGACCACGUUUAUAUAAUGCUUUUAGUAUUUCGAAAAUUUAACUGAAUUUAUCCGUAAUAAAGUGCCCACCUUGUUUAAUUUUAAAAUGUUAAAAUUAUUUUCUUUGUUAUAAGUAAACAUAAGAAACUGCGGCGAAUGUGUUUGAUUAAUAUUUUUUUUUAAUUUUUCAUUAUUUUAUUAUUAUUUUGUGACGAUGAAAUGAGUUGAGGGAAACGGAAAUGCUAAAACAGAUUAAAUAACAAUUUUUUUAGCCAAAAAUUGUGUGUAAUACAAAAUUAGUAAAAUUAAAAUUGUGGCUUAGUUGCAAAAAAGUCAACUAUAAAUUAAAAAAAAAAAAACAAAUAUUAUUAGCUAAGUUUUAACUUGCUUUUGUAUGUAAUACAUAUUUACAUCUAUAAAUUGUGAGUACAAACUUCAAAUUUAAAAUGUCUUCGGGCUUUUACAAUUUGUUUAUUUAUUUUUUAUAAUUAUUAAUUUUUUUUUACAUGAUUUCAAUUUGUUAAAAUUUCUUUAUUUAUCACAAUAAUAAUUAUUUUUUAUUUUAAAAUGUUAAAAUUGAAUUUUUUUAUAAUUUUAUUUAUUAUAUUAAUUAUUUUUUUGUAUCAUAAUUUUUUUUUAACUUAUUUAUCAUAAUAAUUAUUUUAUUGUAUCAUUACAUUUUUUGUUUCAAUAUAUUUUAAUUUGUUAAUUUCUUUCAUUUUUAAAAUUUAAUUUUCAGCCCUUAAAGUCUUCUCAAUUUUUUCAAAAUUUAAUUGCCAAAAACUUUUGAUGUAGAAAAAUAUGCGUACUGUAGUUUCUUUCUUCAAUUGCUGCCAAAGAUUACGUUUUAUUAAAGUUUACAUUUCAUAAAAGUUUGUUCACAAAAAGUCUUAAGUAUUUAACAAAUUAGAAUUCGCAAAUGAUCUAAUUUUUCGAAAAUUUUAAACACUUCAUAAAUAAUUUAAUUUUAAUUUUGCGGUUAAUAAAUUAAUGCAAUAUUUCAACGAAAUUUAACGUGUACUACAGUUUCUCUCUAUAAGAAAUUUUUAUAACAGUAUUUUCAAAAAUAUGUAUACGAGAAAAUUCCAAAGUGUUUUUUGUAAGUUAUUUUAUUUUUAUUAGGCAAAAAUAUGCUAGUAGUUAAGAUUCAAAAUUUUUUAUCCUAUAAUAAUUAUUUUAUUAUGACCAAUACAUAUUUUUCACUGUUAAGUAGUGCCAAAAAUAUAUAUAUUUUUAUUGUAUUGUCCUAGCACAAUUUUUUUUUAAAUUUCGAUAAUAGCAACACACAUGUUUUUCGAUCUUAUGCUGCUUCGUUAUUUUUACAUUUCCGUUUCUUUAGCCAAUUUAUGCACGGUACAGCUCUGUGACUCAUUGAUUCGUGAAAAAAUAUGAUUUGGAAAGAGUUUUUAUAAAUAUUUUUAUAUUUUUUCUUUCAAAGUUUAAAACAGAAUUUUAAGGAAUUUGUGGCUUAAUAUACAUAUUUGUUAAUUUUUAAAUUUAUUUAUUGUUUUUUAUUAGUAAUUUUUUGAUUUAUUUAUUUGUGUUUUUGUUAUUUUGUUUCAAUUUUUUUUACUUUAUAAAAAUAAUAUUUUAUGUUUUUUAUAAUUAUUUUUUUGUUUACCUUUAAAUUUUUUAUUUUUCUAUAAAUGUUCUUUUUUUUCAUUUUUUUAUUACGCAUCGCCGUCUCCAUACUCCCACCACCCAAUUGGCGCCCAUAAAUACGCUUUCAUCAUGAAUUUAAAAAAGGCUAUAAAUAUUAAAUAAGUUUUUUCUUAUUUUUUUUUUUUUUUUACAAAACUCGUUUACUUUACAUACAAUGCAACAAGCACGAAUGAAAAAAUAUUAAAACCCAACAAAAAAAUAUAAGCGGUUGAAGAAAAGAAAUUGAUACAAAUGGAUCGGUGUGAGUCAGUGCAGCAUAGAAAAAUAUAUGUAUAUAUACAUACAUGACAAAGAUGUUUGUAUGUAUAUUUACCAGAUAAAAUGUGUAGUGUUGUAUUUGCAGCAGUUGUUGUGACUUGUGGAGGGAGUUAAUCGUAACAUUUUUGUAGAAAACUAGAAAGAAACUAAUGAGAUCUAAUUGCUAUUCCUCUUUACUAUCUACAAAAACAAAAAUAAUGAAAAAAACACGACAUACAUGCAUACAUACAUUUUACGACUAGAAAGAUUAAAGAAAUUAGCGUUUAAAAAUAAUAAUUAUAUACAGCAUAUACAUACACACCUAAAUACAUAUAUGCAUAUUAAAAAAUCAGUAUGUAUAUAUAAAACUACAAACUUUACGGAAAUUAUAGUCAAAUAGUGAAAAGAUUCAUAUACAAUUACUAUAUACUUAUGAAACUUAUAAUACAUACAUAAAAGGAGUUAAGAGCCCAAACAAACCACAAAACAUACAUAUACACUUAUACACACCUACAUUCAAGUUUAAACACAACAAUACUAAUAAGAGUAAUAAAAAGGAGCUGAGAGUGUAAACUUAUGCAUAUACUCACACAUAUGUAUACAUACCAUAUAUACAUAUUAUAUAAUAUAAAUGGAAAACAUUGAAAUUUAGUGUCUGUCAAUUUUUCGAUGAUAUUUUUUAUUUGCCUUUAACACGCAAAGUGAAACAAAAAAUUUAUUACAAAUUCAGGCAAUGAAAAUGACAAUGCACACAUACUUACAAACAUAACAUUACUACGUACAUAGAUACAUAUAUACAUAUACAGCAUCCAUAAGAAAUCAUAACCAAAAUUCAAUUAGGUCAACAAAUUUAAAGAAACUAUUAUGUAUAAAAGAAGCCAAAAAUCCGAACGAGUUGUCAUAGAAAAAAUCAAUAAAAAAUAAGACAAAUAUAAUAAAAUGCAAUAACUACAAACAUACUAAUUAUAUAUAAAUAAAUGCAGAAAACCAAUGAAUGCAAUAUGUAAAUAAUGUAAAAUAAAAAUAAAUAAAAAAAAUAUGUAUAAAAAUAAAUGCGAGUAUGUAUGCGAACAAUUUCCGCUCAAAGUAUGAAAAUAUUUCAGUACAACAAAAAUGUGCGCCAUUUAUGCCGAAUUGCAGUAGCUUUUGGUUUGAGUUGAAUAUUAAAUAAUUUGCUUGAGAUUAUUGUGCAAAAAAAAUUAAUUUUCAAACAAUAAAAAGCUGAAUACAAUUAAAAAUAAGCAAAACAUUUUUUUUUGUUUUUGUUAUUUAGAAAUUUCAUAGACUAUAUACUAAUUGAAAUUUAAAAUUUUAAUGUAAUUUAAAUGAAUUAGAAUAAAAAAAUAAUACGUUUUUUUUUAUUAUAAAAUUUAGUAAUUUUAUAUUUUUUAUCAACUCGGAAACUUUUUUUUAUCAAACCAAGCUACUUUAACGUAUAAAAUGUUGUGCAGAACUGAAAAAAACUACUAGCAGCUGCAACAACGACAAACACAUUGCUAUAAUGUUUUUAAAUAUAUAUACAUACAUACACAUGUAUUACCGAGAAAAGUCAAUUAAUUACAAUGAUUUACUUACAUUCGCUUAAACAAUCUACUACCCUUAUUUUAUUUAUAAACCAAUAUUUUAAUUAGCAAUAAAAAACAAAAACAAGAAUUACUUAAAACAAUAACAAAAACAAAAAAAGUAUACCUUAUACAAAUAUCUAUAUAAAUAUACACGUGUGUAGUAUAGUAGACACAGUUAAGCGUCAAGAUAAAAAUCCAACAAAUAAAUAUAGUGAAAUAUUGCAACAUUUACAAAAACAAAGAAAUAACACAUAUUGAAUAUUUUAAGAAAUUUCUGUUCUUAAACAAAAUGGCAGAAAUGUCAUAAAACAAACCAAGCAAUAGCAACAAACACAACAAAAACAAAUUGCUUAUGUAUCUGUGGUGUACAAGUUCCUCAAACAAAAGCAAGAAUAGAAAAUAAACAAAUAAGCAAGCAAUGCAAUAAAGAAAGCGGCGUUUCGUUAUAAGCAAAAAUGUGUUAAGCAAAUCAUCUUUAAGACAAAUAAUAAUUAAGCAACAAACAUAUUAUAUUUGCUGUAAAGACACACACACACACACACACACACUCAAUUAUAUCACAUAUAAAUGUGUGCGCGUUGACAUGCCGGCCUAUGUACUGUUGUUCAACAAUUGCCAAAUUAUGCGAAACAAGUACUAAUAAUUGAAAUUAAUAUGAGAUAAAAUGAAGACAGUACAUACGUAUGCAUGCAAUUGUGUACGCAUACAAAAACAAUACACUCCAACACAUACACACACAUACCCGCCAUGUUUUUAUGAAAUAAUUUGUUAAUUUUAGUUUUUAAAUAAUAGCCGCAAUUCAAAGUGGAGUGUGGUAUGCGCAGCAGUAAGCACACACACACAUACACGCGAUUUUAUAUUUUGUGUUAAGAAGAAUUCUUUAUUAGAACAAAAAGUGUGCGAAAUGCAAUUAAUUUACUAAGUAGUUACAAGAAAAAUACUUCCAUUAUGUUUUUUUCAAUUAUGUACGCUUGUACGAAGCAAAAAAUAAUAGUAAUGAAAAGGUUUUUUUUUAUUUUAGUUUAAUGUUUAUAUUUAUCUUAUUUACUGUUAUUUAGCUUUUAAUUGUGGCGGCGCGUUUCUGUUAUAUCCAAACUUCUUCAAUCGUGUGCAUACAAAAGCAAAUAAUUAUUUUGCACUGCAUUUUACAUAAAAUAUACACUAUAAUAUCAUAUAUGUAGAGACAUAUCUACGUAUAAAAAUAUUUUCUCUCAUGUGUUGUGUUCCAGUUUUAUUAUUUUAAUAUACAUACAUAUAUUUUAAAGAAAUAUUUUUAAAUAAUAUUCAAUUUAUAUGCCAACGAUUUUAUCAUUUAUCUUUAAAGCGAUUGUAAUUUUUGUUUCAAUUUUAAUUUUUUUUAUUUUAAUAAAAUUGCAAAUGAAAUAUUACACCAAAACUUCGUUGUUUUAUUUUUUAACGUUGUUUUUUUAUUUUUAUUUUACCAUAUAAGUUUUCAGGUGAAAGUUAUUUUAAAUAAUUUAAAUUUAUGUUUAUAUAAUGAUUUAAACGCUGUCACGGAGUCGGAACGAAAAUACAAUUGCUUUAAACGUACAUCGCACUGUAAGUUGACGAAACCGUGAGUUAAUGUUUUUUUUUAAUAUUAUUGUACAUUUGCAUAUUUUCAAUGAAUUGCUUUAAUUUAGAAGGGAGACACCACGCGUAAGAUCGUUAGUUCAAAUCAAAUUUAAAAUUAAAUUAAUUGUUAUAACAGCGGUUGCACCCAGUCGUGCAUUUUCAAUCACUCAGCCGUAUUCCUGUAGUGUAGUAGAAGUGUAGAAGCUUUGCAUAAACCGAAUUAAUCGUUCGGAGGCAUUUCGAAAUCCUUAAGAGGAUCAUCGUUGUGUUUACAAACAUCCACACGGGUGGUGAAACAUUUUAGCUCCAAUUUAAUAUAAUUAUUAUUUUUUAGAACUUAUGUGUUCAUUGCACCAUACGCACAGCGUAUUUAGAAUUUUAUGAUUUGAAUUUUUUCUUUCUAUUUCCGUUGAUAAAAAUAUUUUGUUCGGCCUUACCAGAUUAUUUUUAACGGAAUUUUAAAUGUUUUAAAAUAUCACCAAAUAUCGCAAACUUCAUUAAAAGGCAACGAUUACAAUACUUAAUAUUUUAACGACAAACAACAACAACAAGCAAUUGGAUAAAACUGUUUAUAAUUUUUGUUAUACUUUAUAUAAUAAAUGAAAAAUUUAAUUAUUUGAUUGAUUUUCUGUAUUUUCAAAUAUUUAGUGUUGAUGAAAAUAUGGCAAUACACACAUUAAAAUUUGACAGUUUUACACAACAUUCUUUUACUUCUGUUUUACUCACGCCACAGCGAUGUUUCUGAACUCUGCAAAAUAUUUGUAAGCACAAAUUUAAAUAAUAUUUCAACAAUAACGGAAUAACAGCGCAAAUUCAUACUUGAGCGUAUAAUUGUUUGCAAAGCAUUUAAUAUCAAAAAAUAUCAACAAAAUAAAUAUUCAAGUACUAGCGAACAAUGUAAAAAAAAUUUAGUGCCAUAGUUUUAUCAAAUAAUAACAUGUUUGACAAUUUAAGCAAAUGAUAGUUAAAUACAUACAUAGUAUGUAAAUAAAAUUACUACUAUUUAAAUGAAACCAGCACAAAUUCAGAUUUAGAAAGACAAAAAACGAAAUAAACACAAAAUAGUAACGAAAUAAUGGCAUGUUGACAAUGGCAACAAACAGAUAAAACGUAGUAAAAAAAACAGGAGUCACUUAUUUUUCUAGUAUUUUAAUUAAAAUAACAAUUAUGAACAAUUAAAAAUCAUUGUUAACAACAACAACUGCAAACGCAACAGAGGCAAGGAGGAUAAGAAUUCUUUGUCCUUUUGAAUAUUAAUAAGACGGCUUUGUGUAACGGAAACGCCACGUUGAAUAUGUAAUAGCAUAUGAACACAUAACAUAUAUAUAGUACAGGUAUAUCUAAAGAAGUGACAUUUUGACAGCUGCAUGCAAACUAAUAACUACAAUACAUUUUCUUCCUAUAUUUUCUCUAAAAAAAAUUAAUUACACAUUAGUGCAAUACAAAAGUAACAAAGUACAUUCAUUAUAUACAUACAAAAAUACAUAUGUGGGUGCAAAUAAAAAUCAAUUCUUUUGUAAAUCAAGCAGAAGGAUGAAAAUGACGUAAGACAAAAAUCUUCCUAUUUUUAGCAGAUCUCUCCCUGAUUAAUGAUAAAAUAAAUCACAAUUUGUAUGCUGUAAUUUACAAUAUUUAUCAUGAACUUUUUCUACAUACAUACAUAUAUAGAAACAAAUAUUAAGAAGUAAGAAACAGUAUUUAAACAGAAAAAAUAUAACCGAUUAAUAUAGCAAACACACAACAGUUCUCUGGGUUAUAAUUGUAGUAAGUGAAAAAUAUACCAUAUAACUCUGAAAUAAUAAAAAAUCAAUAAAAAAAAAAUACACGUAAGAAGAAUUCAUACAUCAAAGUAUAUAUGUAUAUGUAAUGGUAGAUGUUGUGCAACGAAGUAAAAUCCGGCUACACAUAGUUCUGUAACUUGAAAUUGAAAAAGUAUAUGUAUAAAACACACAAAUAAAAAAUACAGAUUGACCAAAGCGAAGAAAUUUUUCAAUGCUAACAGCUAUUCAAAAAAAAUAAGUAUUAUAGAAAUAGUUUUUACUAUCCAAGCAUUUGAAUUGUCAGCGCAUAUGCACAGAUACAACAGUCAUGCGUAAAAUUAUGUUGCAGUUUAGAAUAAAUUUCUAAGUAUUUUUAUUUGCCAAUAAUAAGCAGUGCUGACGCCUACUUUGAGUCCAUUAUGAGUUAAAAAGAAAAGUAUAAAAAGUGAAAAUAACUAUACCAAAAUAUAUGAUAAAUUAAAAACAAAUUAAAAAUCAAAGUGAAUAGCAAAACAAAGUGAAUGUCAACAAAACGAGUAAACAAAAAGCAAUAAAUGUAAUUUUUGAAAGCAUUAGAACAACUGCAUAAUUAAAUUGAUGGUAGUUGUAACAACAAAAAAAAAUAAUUAUUAAAAUAUCUAACAAAAUAUUAAAAUUUAAAGAAACACGCGAUAUUUUAUAACUAAACCUAUUGAAGCAACUUGCCUGCACAAAUUUGCAGGGAAUCAUUGAAAAAUUAACUAUAUAAACAUGUGUGUGUAUUAGUUUAAAAUUAAAUAGAGAAACUGCUGUGUCUAAACCUAAAAGAUUGUGCGUCUAAAGCAACAUACUUAUGCUUGUCUAUUUUUUAAAUAAAAUUUUGAAAUAUUUAAAGUAAAUUAGAAGUAUGUUAGUGUAUUAUCUGUACCGUAAUCUCGAAAUCAGUAAUUUCAAAAAUAUUUAUUGGAUAAUCGGCGAAACUCAAAUAAGCAACGCGUCGGCUAUUUUAUAAGCCCGAAAAAGCAUCAGUAAUUUUAUUAUAUUCGCAAACAGCACUACUAGCACUUUUUUAGUUUUUUGACGCAAAGUUUUUGAAGAAAAUAUAUAUAAAAACUUUUUUCCACUAUUCAUGAGUGUCUAAAUAUAAAGUAACUGAGAGAUUGCCUGUGUCUAUUUCCCUUUAAAUUGUUUUUAUGUACAUUGUGUGUUUUAAUUUUAGGUGAUAUACAUACACAUACAUAUAUCCAGUAUAUAUACCCAGUAUAUAUCAAUGGAAACUAAAACCAUAUACAAUAAAUCAUAUAUAUAAAUUACUAAAAAUAUAUAUAUAUAAACUAUAUAUUAAUAUAUAUUUACAUUAAUAAGUAUAUAUACAUAUGUAUAUUAAAAAUAUAUACAUACAUAUUAGUAUUUAUGUAUUGUGUAUUAAUUAAAUUAAACGUGUACGAACAUUCUUAAGUACCGAUUGAAUUGUCCAAAAUGCAACCUUACAACAGAGAGUCCGUUGGCUCAGUAAUUAUAUUUGUAUUGUAUUUAGGUACUUAUAUUAAACAUAAAUUACAACCAAAACCUUACAUACCUAACAUAUGUUGUGAACCGAACAAAAAACACAAACAAAAGAAAAUGGCUAAAAUUGCCAAUACCAUACAUAAUGAUAUUUUGGUAGAGAAGUAAAGAAAAAACUCUAAAAAAAAUAGUCAAUAUUUAUUAAAUAUACAAUUUUAAAACUGUUGCGUUACACAUAAUGGGCGUAAAAGAAAAACAAAACUAUGUAUUAAAUGUUAAGUAAAAUCGAAAUGCAGCUCGCAUGUUUUAGACAAAGUUAUACUCAUAUAUAUGGAAAAAAUUUAAAAAAAUAUAUACAUAAAUAUGUAAGUAACCAAUUUAGUGUUUUUGCACAUCAAAAUGUAAUGUUUAAUGUUAAAAACAAAAAACAAAAACUUUAAAGAAAAAUAUUAUACAUUAAAUGAAAACAAAAAGCAGAGUGAAAAUAAGCAAAUCUUAAGUAAAUUCAUAAUUUUAGGGCAAAAACACAAAUACAGCAAUUAUAUAAAUAUAAACGACUUAUUUAAAAAAUAUAAAACCAAAACAAUAACAAAAAACCUGCAAAGAAGCUCCUAAACAAACAACAACCAACUUACAUAUUAGCGCCAAAAUAACAACAAAUAAAUGCAAUCUUUGUAAGAUUAAAGGCUUUAAACUUUUUAAGCAAAAAUAAGAUAAUAUUUAGUAACUAAAAAGUAAAUAUAAGAUGUUGAGAGAAAAAUUAUUCACGGCUUUAACACUACAAAAACAAAAAAACACAACAAAAAUGUGACAGCUGAGAAGAAAUAUGAAAAAAAGAAAGCAUUACAUAUUUUCACAAAUGUCACGUAAGAGCAUAAUGCAUGACUAAUGAAUUUACAAAGUUUAAAUCAAAAAUUCCUCUAAUUUUUUCUAAAAGAAUGUACUUUAAACAAUAAGCAUGCAUUCAUAAAUAGAAUUUUAAAUCGAAAUUCAGGAAACGGCAAGUUAAACGUUGGGUUCAAAGAUGUCACAGCAAUUACACACAAACAACAAAAUAUAGAAAUUAUGUAUAAACGAGUACGAGCGAGUGAAACUGUUACGUGGAAUAGCUCAGUGGUGUAUGGGGAAAUGCUCAAGCUAAUUAAAAUUAAUAUAAGGUAAUAAAGUUAAUGAUGAAGCUAAAAGUGCUACGUAUAAAGUAUAAUAAUCACAAUAAUCUGGCAACUUCACAACUACGAAUAUUAUAAAUGCGAGCCAGAAAAAACAAAUAUAAACAGGAAUCAGUUUCAAAAGUGAAGUUUGUAAGUGGAAAUACUUUAUGGUAAUUUCACCAAUAAAAUGAUGAUAUGAUAAACAUAUGUAAUGUGAAUUGCAAAAAUCCUGCAAAAGCGUUAAAUUAUCCUUUAGCAAAAAACAACAGCUAUACGAACCAGAGUCAAAUAUGAAUAAAGUUGGAGUUAAACCGCAAACAGCAUAUUUAUAAAACAAAAAACUUGCAAAUUAAAAUAAUAAAUUUUUAAAGCAGAUAAUACAAAUAAUAAUAGUUACAUGAAAAGAAACGGUUUUCCAAAUUGUCAACACUAAAUAUAUACUUAGAAAUAUUGUAUAAUAACAAAAUAAGUAAACAAAAUAUAAUAAUACACUUAGGCGGCAAAACAAGCAACAAUUAAAUUUUACUUUAUUUUUCAGCGAGUAAUGCGGCGAGAUAUUAGUGCAGCCGUUAAAAAGCGUAAGUUUUGCCAGAUUCGUCACGCAUACACACAUAAUUCGUGUAUAUACUUUUUCAAAAUGCAGACAUUCCAAUAAUACAAUAUAUUUGUAUAUUUGUGUGUUACAUUUUGGUGUUGUGUAUGUAGUUAAGUGUCAUAUCUAAAAUGAAAAAAGAAAAACAAUAUAUUAGCUGUUAUUUGAUGUUUACAAAUAGAAAAUUUAAUGCAACAAACAAUUCUUAAGCCAAAGUUAUGCAUGAAAGACGAUUUUUGCAGUUUGACAGCACUGACGCUUUCUAACGGCGAAUCAAUGCGAUGAAAAAGGUGAAGGUGAUUAAAAGCUGCCUCAUUAAAACAAAAAUAUAUACAUACAUACAUAUUGAAUCAAAUCAAUAAUCAAUUGAACAAGAAUUUUUGAUUUUGAAAAUAAUAAUAUAAAUAAGAUAUUUAACAUAAAAAUUAAAUUAGUAAAUAUACAUAAAAAUUAGAGCUAAUGCAAUUCAGAUGCCAUUUUAUGGCGUAUUAAUACUUUUUGCCCAUUUUGGCGGUUGGCGUUUUACUAUUAAUAUUAUAUGUAUAUUAUGUUUUCUAUUUACGGAUUAUCAUUUAAAAUGGAAAAAAAAUAAAUACGUUUUUUCUAUAGAGGCUUUGUAAGUUUUUAUUAGUGAAGAGUUGAGAACAAACACCAAAACAAGUGUACCCCUUCCACCAAAAUACAAAAUAAAAAAAAUAAGUAAAAGAUAUUACACUCAAACAUAUGCAUAUACAUAUACAUACAUACAUACAUACAUAAAUAGAAGACAAAUACGUGUAAAUCUGAUAAUUUAUUCGAAACGUAAGUGAAACUUAAAACAAAUAUUAAGCUAAGCACACAACAAUAAAAAUCAAUAAAAAAGUUGCGAAAAUUAAAUCUAAAUCAUAUUUGAAUAUUUGUGAAUUCGCAACGAGUAGAGAAAAUCAAUGUAUAUCUAAAUUUUUGCUGAUGUGUGACUGUAUUCCUUAGGCUUUUUACACCACAAUUUACUCUUUGAUAUUGAAAGCAUAAUGGCGGGAAAUAAUUUUACAUUUUGUGAGUUGGAAAGUAAUUAUGUACACACAUAUAUACAUUAUAGAUGACAUUUAAAUGAUAGCAGUAAAUAUUUGCUAACUAAAUUUUAUUAAUUUGUUGAAUUAUUCCAACAUAAUGCUACACGAGGCGCUCUUAGCAACUACAGUAACUGCAUUCUACUAAGUUUACAACUACAACUAUACGAUUGUGCGCACUUUUGCUAUAUAAAAAAUAUUGAAAUUAAAAUCGUAUUCACCAUAGUCUUAAAUAAAUUAUGUGCUUCAAUAGGAAGCAACAAAUCUGCUCAAUGUAUAUUUUUGUUAUAAAUUCAAUACAUGCACACUUUCGUGCGCAUAUAUUGUACAAUUAGACAAAAUAAAAUUUUCGGAACUACCGUUCUUCUUACCAAACUUUAAUAACUUCUUACAAAAAUUAUUUUUGCGAACAAAAUAAAAUUUGAAAAUACCAUAUUUAAAAUUUUUCACAUAUAUAUAUCAUAUAUUAUUUUUGAAUUGUCACACCGAAAGAAUUGCAUUAAUCAACAAACCCUUGCUUAUAAAUUGAAAACACUUUCCAUGACAUUAUUAAACAUAUUAUUAAGAUCCUGCCUGUGAUAGAUAAUAAAAUAUUGAAUAACAAAAAUUAUACAGUUCUUAUGAUUUUAUUUUUGGAAAAUGAAAAUACGGAAUAAAAACAAUAAAUAAAACUUCUUAUAAAACAGUAACGAAUAAAAUUAAAAUUCACAGGAACGCCGUUAUUUUGAUUUGGAAACAUAAAUUGAAUUUUUAAUGGCAUUUCGUAAACUAAUGACAAUAUAUAAACAGCUUUUUCAACCAAUUAACACUUUAAAUGUCUGAUUUGCUACUACCACUGUUUCAGAUGCCACCACUUUUGAACUACCUAAUGAUGUGUAUGCCCGAUAUUUGAUUUUUAGCAAUAAGCCUACAUACAUAUGUUUCUAUGCAUUUGCAGGAGUAAAUUUAACAUAGAAAAUAAAUUCUUACUUUUUAGACCGCAAAAAAUAACUUCAUAUUUAAAUUAUAGUUUUUCAGUUGCAGGCAAGUGUCGCUCCGGCUACAAACACUUUUAAAUAAACACGCAACUUUACACGCUCCCAUCGCACUAUUUUUAUACAGAAACCUUUAAAUGCGUUUUCUACACUGUAACUGCUUCAAUUUGCAGUCAGUUAUUGUCUUAAUUUGCAUUCUUCCAAAUUGUAACUAUUUCCGUUUGACGGCCUGUACCGUACGUUUUAGUUAUAGCCGUUUGUCAAAACUAAAUGGGGAUGCCACGUCAUUUGCUUGUGUACUGGUUAUGUAUCGAUAUUCUGCAUACAGGUGAGCAAUGUAUAAAUACUUUUUAUCAUAUUAAAAGUUUAGUGGUUUCAUACUAACAGUAGUUUAAAGGUACAGCUACUCUUUCUACGCAGCAAUUUUGCAGGUUUUAAAAGAAAAACAAAUGUGAAAAUACUCAAUAUAAUCUACAAAAAUUUUCAACAUUUACUUAUUUUGAUAAUUUAUCACAGAAUAACUGCUAAGAAUGAAGCAACAGUCAAACAAAUUCCUAAUCCGUUGGAAAGUGAAAAAGUAACAAAAUAAUUGUUUACUACAGCAGUGGUUUAAGGGGAGUUUAAGAGAAUAAAAAAGAUAACAAAAAUAGAAAUAAUAUAGAUGAAUAUUUAUAAUGUUUAGACAUCACUCCAUCCAUUUGAUAUUUUUACUGUAAUAUUAAAGUUUAUAUUUACUAGCAAUGAAAUUUUAAAAACAAAAAAUUAAUAUUAAACACACACAAACCAACAAUUUUUUCGCAAGCAAAAGCAUUAAAUAGGAGUAAAAAUAGACAAUGCAAGUUAAAAAAUAUCGAAAUAUAUUCGUAAACUGUUCCGAAAAAUUAUAAAAAAAAAUUUUGAGAUUCAUGUUCUCGAAACAUAUAUGUAUACAUAGAUAUAGUAUUUGUAAUAAAAUAAGAAAAAAAUAAAAUUUGACAACAAAUAAGAUAUUAUAGUAAUAAUUGUAUACUUAAAAACAAAGACAACAAAAUCAUUAACGAUAACUGUAAUCAAAAGAUUUAUGAAACGAACUUUGAAUUUGUCAACAAAAAAUCAAUCAAUUAUAGAAAGCAACGCAAGCAAAAACGUACUCAAAUGUGCAACAAAUUUAAUAAGAAAACAAAAAAAAAACCUUAAAAUCACAACUACGUUCUUACAAUUUAACAAAAAUGUAUAUCAACGCUUUGCACUUGCAGAUUUUUCACGUUGUUCUUUGAUUGGACGCAUUACUAACUGCAGCUAAAUCAAAUAACAACAAAGCAUUCAACUUUAAUAAAUAAAUACUUACUCAAUAAAUAUUAAAAUGCUUUAAUCAAUAUUUAAGGAUUCAUGGAAUGUUUAAAAGCCGCAAGAAAAACUACUACUUUUUAAACACAUUUGAAAACUUAGCUGUAGUGACACGUACAUGAAACAGAAUAAGUCCAGUUUACAACAAAAAAAAAAACAAACAAAAUAUUAAAUGCUCUUAAAUAUUAACACAGUUUUACAAGUUAAUGUCUUCCCAAAUGUCUAGAAAACUACAGAAUAAAUGUCAUUGAUGACUUACAAGCAAGAAAAUAACUAAAAAGGUUUAAAUUUGUUGAAUAAUUUUAUUUAUUCACUUUUUAAACUGUGAGUAGAUUAAAAUUUAUUUUAUUAUUAUACAAUUUUUAUUUAUUAGUUUUUUUUUUAACCCAAAGUAACAAAUUUGUAAUAAAAAGCAAUAAACCUGUUUACAAAUACAAAAUUAUUGAAGGAAUUGCCAUUGCAAAGAUGAAUAAAGAAAGAAUUGCCACAAUCCUAAAUUUUUUGUAUCAGCAAACAUACUUAUUUAGCAUACGGAUUCUUACCUAUGUACAUAUGUAUGUACUUUUUGUACACACAUACAUGCAGCCAUUUACUGUAUUACUUAUAACAAUAGAUAUUUUUGCAAAUUUUACUUGUAACUGUAUUUAUUGAAAACUUUCUAGGUGAGUAGAAGCACAACUGUUUAUGAGCAUAUACUUAAAUAGCUGAAAAAUUAUUACAAAAUGGUGCAUAUUUACAACAAAUCUAAUAUAUACUAUACUUUCUAAUUUCUGAUAUUUGUACAUGCAAAGAAAAAAAAUAAAACAAAAAAAUUAAUAUUUAAGAAAACUGUAUACAUACAUACAUAAAUGCCGAUAUAAUUGAAACUCUUACUGUUUUCAAAAAACACAUGAUUAUUAAAUAAAUGCAUACAAAGCCAACGAUAUUCAAACAAAUCAUAAGUUCGAUCGAUUGGCCCAGCAAAUUGUCGAUUAGUGUUACUUUUUUGUGCUUUUGGUUCAUCCUGUACAUUUAUGUUGACUUAUUUUUUAAACGUCGAAGUUAAAAAAGAAAAAAUUUAAAAGAAAUUUUGAGAAAAUUCCUGAAUUUAUGUUCGGUACUAAAAUAUGGGAUAUUUUUGGAAAAUUAUUGAAAUGUUUACGUUUUAACUAUGGUUGUGACAAGUGACACUUUUUAAGGAAAAAGUUAAUUGCAAAAUUAAAGAGUAAAAUUUCUACAAUGCAAGUCUUUGUUUAGCUUGUGUUAUACAAGUUAUAUUUUUUCUUGAAGAAUCCCAAUUUCAAAGGCUCAACAAACAUUUUCAUCUGCUCUUAACGCUGACUGUUGAGACAAAAGUAGAAAACUAUUUGCACUCCAGACACUACUAGUAGUUAAAUUCAGAUAACAUAAGAAUAAUAACAAUCUUUCAAAAUUACACGUAAUAAUUAAUUUUAUUUUCUAAUGAAUUAAACUUUUUCCUGGGACUUUCGCUCAUAUAAAGUACGCCAACACAAUUGAAAUUUACAAAGUUUACGUAAAAUAGCAUUUCACCAAACCAACUGACACACAUACGUACAUAGUGGGAAAACAAAGAUGCAAAAACAAACAUGGAGGGCAAUUUAUGUGUCCAAACGGACUAACAAAACUUGCAUGAAAACAAUUUUACUCAUAGACAAAAAAUAAUAAUAAAAUUAUAUCGUGCAUAUAAGUACUGCAAAAUUAAUGUAUAUAAUACAUACAUAUACAUAAAUAUAUACAAACUAGGUAUAUUUUUGCUCACUUGCGAAUCAUAUUAUAGAAACAAAAACAUAUAUUGUAUAUUGUAUUUAGAAUUUUAUGGGUAGAAGUUGUAUAUUUACAUAUUAGAGUUUACAAAACAAAUAAAAAUGGAAAAAGCACAAUGUUUUUGAAAGUGUUUAUCAGCAUAAUUACAAAUUAAAUAUAAUAAAAUGAAAAGAAAAGAAAAGAACUUAAAAUUUUUCACUAAAACCUAAAAACGAAAUAAAAGUUUGAAAAAUUGUAAGCAAAAAAUAAAAUAAACACAUAUUAUAAUACAUAUUUAAGUAUGUAUGUACCUACCUUUACAGGAGUUUGAAAGUGUUAACUGUAACUACAAAAAUGUUUAAAUUAAGUAAGCAAAAAAAUACAAAUUUGUCAGAAAACACAAUUAAAAACAACUAUUUGAAAUAAUUUACAAAAUAUUGUAAAAAUAAAAAAGCGAAAAAAAAAUUCAAUUAACGUCAAGUUUAAAUAAAUACCUUGAAAAUGAAAAUAAAAUGUAAUUUGCAAACUACUACAAUACAAAUGCAAGCCAGUAACUAUUUAACUACUAAUUACUAUAUACAUUACUACUAUAUACUACUUAAUAAUGAUAAUAUAUAAAUUUAAACAUAUACACACCAACAAUUAACAGUUAAUGCAAUCAGGUAUUAAGAAUCAAAAUUAUUAUAUAUUAUAUAUUUUUUAUUUCUUUCUUUAUUUCAUUUGAAGAGAUGUGUUUUGUGGUAGUGCAUAUUACGUAUGUAUAUGUGUACAUACUUAAAGAUGUACAUAUGUACUUACAAUACGAACAAAUAAUAAUAGUUUUUUGCGAAGUAUUUUUACACUAGAUAACAAUAAAAGUUGUACUCGUAUUAUAGAUAUCGAUUUCGGUAGCUGAAGAAUAUUGAACUUUUUUAAAUUUAUCAUAACGAGACUAAUACAAUACAUACCUAUUUACAUACUCGUAUACACCACGUCCCAGUGGCACUGGUGCUCCAUGCCCAAAUGCCCACUUUUAUGCCUCACCACUUUAGAUAGUUUCGAUACUUUAAAAGUAUGUUAAUCGUAUAUUUCAUAAAAUAAUAUUAACUAAUAUAACACUGCAUUCAAAAUACCUAAUUUAUUUAUAUACUUACAAAUAUUGUAAACUUUUAUUAUUAGAUCGAAAUAUGAUUCUACAUUGUACUAAUUAUAAACGUUGACGUGUUUUGUAUUUUGAAAAUCUAAAAUAUAUUAAUAAUUAUUGGUAGAAAUUUACAAAACGCAAAAUAUAUAGAAGCAAUCAAUUGUACUUGUAUAUGUAUGUAUUUUUCCAAAAAAUUUACGUUAGUUUAAUUAACUUGUUCUAAAAUAUUUCUUAAUUAUUUCUUUGCAAAAUGAUUAAACUGGAAGUGGCAAGGCUAUGAAAUAAAAGAAAACAGAAAUAGUUAUUCCUCCCACUUCUUGUUAUUCCUCGGAGGACUUUCUAUUCAUUUUAUCAUACUUGUAGUAUCACAUUUUAUUUACUCGCUUUUGUAUUUUAAGAAAAAUACGUGCCGAAUAUAUUUCAACCACAAAUCAUAAUAAAGUUGAGCACACAAACUUCAUACGCUUGCAUGGAAGCGAAAAUAACAUUUUCGUUAGCAUUCGAUUAAGUUUUCCGCUAUUCGAUAUUUUUAACGAUUAUUUCGCCACUAUGUAUUUUUUAACAGUUUGCACAAUAUGUGUGCUUCUUCUUCAGUUUUGUGACAUAAACUAUAUAUUAUCAACAAUUUAAUUGAUAAUUAAUAUUUGAAAAUAAUUUAGUUUGGCGUCAAAUAUUUUUCGUUUCACCUAAAAUUUCUGGAUUAAGUGCUGAAGUUUUCUUUUUAGUUGUACACACACAAAUGAAAAAUAAAUACAUAUUCAAAUGAACUCUUAUGAAAAGAUUAUUUUUUCUUCGGCAACAGAAUUUUUAGACUAAAAAUGAUUUUGUAAAUUUUUAUAAAAAAAAAUACUUCUAAUUUUUAAGGAAUUUAGCAAUAAAAUAGUAAAUAGUUUACCAAAUAGUAUGAUGAAAAAGAAAUAUUUAAAAAAAUUUUCCAAAGCAACCAAAAACAACAAAGUGACAAAAUAAAACGAAAAAGUACGUAUGUAGAAAACAAAAUAUUUUUAGAGUUCACUCAUGUUACGUAAUUUUUUAAUAGUUUUAAUGGAAAUUGAUGAUAUUAAGAUACACAUAUUUAAUUGCAAAAAAAAGAAGAAAACAAAAUGAAAAUAAAAAUAGUAGUAUACAUUCGUAUAUUCGCUUCUGACAAUAAGCUUUGGCCACUUUUUAAUGAAACAAAAAUGCAAACAAAAAAACUGUAACUAUACAAGCAAACAAUGCAAGAAGAUUUAUAAUUUGCGAUUCAAUUAAAUUUUCAAACCACUAUAACGAGAAAAGCAGACGAAAACAGCAGAAAGAAUGAAUAGAAUUGAACCCCCAGGAAGUAAACUCAAAAAAGUAGGUAAAGCUAAAUGAUUUUAAAUACCGCCUGCAAACUGUAAAUUAGAAUUAAAAGCUCAAAUCACUUAAAGCAGCCAACAAUCUGUGUGUUGAAAGGAAAACGAAGCCUAAUUUUUACUAAAGAAACUUUACCUUUUUAGCGAACACAAAAUGAAAUGAAUGAAUGAGGGGCAGGAAAAGAAGAAAGUUAAAGGCGAGCGUUAAACAUAAAAUGUUUUUAUGGAGUAAAAGGAAUAAUGUCUCCCAUAAACAAAAAUAAAAUAAUUAUAUAAAAAAUAUUUCAGAAUAAUUUGAUCACUUUCGAAAUUGUAAUUAAAGCGUUAAGACGGAAAAUUACAUAUAAAUUAUGUGAAAUAUGUACAUAUAGCGUAAAUGCACUAAAACGUUUAAAAUGUGAAAGCUCAGCGCGUAUAUGUACAUAUGUAGGUGUGUAUGAAAGCGUUCAAUAUAAUAUUUGUUUACAAUCUCGAAAGUGAUUUAUUAACAUUAGACAAACGUCCAAGAUAUUUAUGUAGUUAUAUGUAAUACAGCUCUGAAAUUGUGCUAUUCACAUGCAAUAUUAAGCUAUAGGUUUUUCUAUACGACAUUUGAAAGCGCAAUUUCGGUGCAUUAACUGAGGAAUUAACAUUUUACUAACUUAAACUUAAAUGACCUGCGUUGAAAUCACUGCAUUUUUUUUUUAACGAAUUAAAAAUUUUUGUCGACAAACUUUUUUCAAAAAACUCAAAUGCCCUUUUUUAAUGCCAACAUAUCAAACAAAUUUAAUAAUAGUUUGUAAAAAAAAAAUAGAUAAUAAAAACAAAUUUGUAAACUCGAAAGAGGUUUAUCAACAAUCCCAAGGAAUGACAUUGGUCAGGGAUGAUUUCGGUGAUGAGGAAUAUUAAAGUGUAAAGAAACUAGUGAUGAAUGUGCGUAGAAAGCUUAACUUUAUAAACUACAUAUAAUUAUUGAAUAUUGUAUACAUGAAUUCAUAUAUAAAUGCAUACACGUACACAUUUAGAUAUCGAAAGCUUUUCUGACAAAUUUAUCGCCAACAUGUAGUAAAAAAAAACAACAAACAAAAGAAAACCAAUAUUGUAAUAUAUAAGUAAAACAAUUGUUAUGAGCAAAAGCAUUCAAUCCAAAUAAAAAUAAACGAAAUGACUAAACAAAAUGUAAUGUUGAUAAUAUUUAUUGUAUUUUCUGUACUUAAGAAGAGUAUAGCACUGUUUCUAAUUUACACAAAAAAAAAAAAUAUAUAUAUAUAUAUACCAUAUAUGUAUACAUAAAUAUUUUUUUAUUAUAACAGAAUGAUAAUGGCUUCAAUGUUUCUUUGGAUUAAAACAGCAAUAAAAAUAUGCACCUACAUAAAUGCAUAAAAACAACAAAAACCAAAAAAAAUUGAGAUUAAUUGUGUAAGCGAAGCCUUUUAAGAUUUAUAAAUAAUUUAUAUAAAUAUACAUAAAUACCAUGUAAAUGACACAUACAAGACAGCAUAUACUUCGGCAUGAAUAUUAAAAGAAGUUUAUGUUUGAAAGCAUAACUAAGUAAAGUAGAGGCAAAGUUAUGCGGAACAACCACUUAAUUAACAACAAUUAAUAAUCAGAAAACAUAUACAUACCUACAUAUAUAUACAAGCAUUACAUACAAACAUGCAUACAUAUAAACAAACAUAUAUUUAUUGAAUAUACAAGACAAAUGUAUGUAUACCCACAACUAUUUAAACAAUUUUAUGCAAUUAUAGAGGCAGCAACAAAAACAAAAUAUAAAAUAUACAUUUAUUUAAGUAGCUGGGGUUAUUGUAAUUAAUUUUUAAAUAAAACAAAUAAUUAAAAAAAGCAAAAAAAAUUAUAAAAAGAACAUAAAAAGUAGACAAAAAAAUGAGUUUUAUUGAGCAAACAUGUGUUAAUGUUUACACCCGCAAUUAAAAGCAAAACAAAGCAAACCAAAAAAAUUUAAACCAAACUUAUAAAGAAAUAGUUGUAAAUGAUUUAUGAAAACGCGUUUGUUUCAUUUUCAAGUGUCAAAACUAUAAGAAACUUAUCUGAAACAAAUGUAAUGCAUAUUUCAACGCCAAAAAUUAAACAAAGUGAGUUUUACUGCGUUUUUGCUGAUUAUUUCUAUUUAAAAAAAUUAAAAAAUGCAUACAAUGCCAAAAAAUCGUAUUCAAAAAAAAACAAUAUAUAUAUAUAUAAAAAUUAAAAAAAAAAAAAAUCAAAAAAAAAAUAUCUUUACGAAUUAUUCAUUGAAAAUUAUUGCUGUGUCUUAGUCCAUUGCCCUAACGAAUUUAUUGAAAAAGCUAAAUUUAACAAUUUUACACCCACAAAUAUACACACACCAGUGUAAUGGAAGGAAUGUGUUAAAUUCGGCACAAGAAAUAUUAACUGUAGGUGAAACAAUAGCAACAGAAAUCAAUAAGUAAAAACAACAAGAUGAAUUUGUAGAACAAGCAAUUAUUUAUUAGCAAAAAAUAUAACUUUUUUUUUGUACUUUCUACAACAACUUUUAGAAACUAAACUACGAAACUUAAAAUUUUCACCAAAAAUAUAUCGGCGAAAUAGUGAGGCUAAGCCCGAAUAUACCCAAAAAGUGUUAUUUUUAGAAGAAAAGAUGUGUUUGUUUACAAGAAAAAAUCAAAGAAAAAGCAAAGCAAAUGUUCUGAAAAAAAACAAUAAUUUUUAGUUUUAAUGAAAACAAUAGCUACUACAACUACAAAGCUCUUUAUGCAAAAUUUACGCAAUUAAAUUUGAGGUUAUGCACAAAAAUACAUACAUAAAAACGAGAAGCCUUACAGCAAUUCUACUUUUCAGCAAUUAAAAUACAUACCAAAUACUUAAAUUCCACAUUCGACUUUUUGUAUCUGAACAUAAGGCAGAUUAUUUCAGCUCAACUCUAUAUACAUACAUAUGUACAUACACACAUACUUCCAAAAGAGUUUUAGUAUGGUACUGAACUUCCUAAAACACAAGUAUACAAAUAUUUAAUGUUAAACUCUUAUUUUAUUAAUAAUUAAAUUAAGACAAUUUAUUUUUUGUAUUAAAAAGGCAUUGUGUUUCAAUGCUUGUGAUGCGUUAAUCAGGUUAUAGAAGGCUAUGUUCCCAAAUUCGAUAAAAUUUACAUGCUUAAGUCUUACUAGCCCUUACAUAUACGCGUACUACCGCUUAGAUGCUACACAUUCACUCACACAUAAGCAAAACUCAAGUUAACCCCAAUCUUUUACACCACUUUAUAAAGCAUAAAAACCAAAAAAAAAAA